CAGCAUUGGCUCAGCUCACCUCAACAAACACACAAAAUUUGCAUGACCACACUUUAUUCAUCUUCCUCCGCCGCCGAAUCCACCAUGGAAAACCCCUCCCACCGCCACCACCACCGCCGCCGCCGCCAUCCCACCACCACCGCGAGCACCACCACCGUCGAUUCCGACGGGGAGUUCGACGACACCCAUGACGGCGACCCCGAGGCCUGGGCCACCAUGAACAAGAGCUUCCGGCAGGUUCAGUCGGUGCUCGACCGCAACCGCCUCCUGAUUCAGCAGGUGAACGAGAAUCAGCAGUCUCGGAUGCCUGAUAACAUGGUCAAAAACGUUUCUCUGAUUCAGGAACUCAACGGGAACAUCUCCAAGGUUGUUUCUCUCUACUCCGAUCUCAAUUCCAAUUUCUCCAAUGUUUGCCAGCAACAACAACGCUUCAACAAUGGUCGUGGAAAAUAAUAAACCCAUAAUAAUAGUGUCAUGUGUGUGUUUGUCAUGUGUAAUGUAAUGUAAUGUGAAAUGUGUCUGUUGUUAAAGUUGGAACAAUUGUGAUGGUAAUUUUGAGCUCUGUUUGGUCAUCAUGUCAAUAAGGACGAUGAAGGCUAGCAUUGUAUCGUCCUCUUGGACUUCUUUCUACACACCCUCAGUGAGGUGUAAUUCAAUCAAUAUUGAAUAUCAAUAAACAAACUAGUUAUUGUUGCAAA